AUGGCUGCUACAAUCCUGGAUGUCACUAUGGAGACAGCAAAGGAUCUUCUGCAGCUGGUGGGAGAGACAUCUCAGACCAUGACGAGGAUGUCUGUAAUGGAUCACUUUGACUCAAUUAAAGAACUGGGCAAAGAUUCUUAUGGGAAGGUCCUCCUCGCCAAUCACAGGCGUUCAGGUAAGUUACAUUAGCUUGUAAAAAAACUUUUAAAAAACUGGAGUCCUUUAUUUUAUACAGGGUUAGUUCUAAUGGAUUUCUGCAUUUAGCAGGGUAAAUUACAAUGCAGAUGCUUUUUGGCACCUCAAGAAAUUGCUACAGUCCAUAAACUGAAAGCCAUGGUUUUCUAAAACUAUUAGCUGUAUAAACCUGAGUAGCUGGAGAUCACAGUAUAUUUUGUUUUGUUAGCAGGACAGCUGGUGGCCUUGAAAAUGCUGGUGAAGGAGAAGACUUUAGCAGAUAAUUUCCUCUUGGAAAAUAGUACCUGCGUCUACCUUGGGAUUCAUCCCCAUAUCAUUACCACCUUUAGAAUGGCCUUCGAAACACCAAGCAGCUAUGUGUUUGUUCAGGAGGUUGUACCAGCUGGGACACUACAUUCCAUCGUAACAAAGGUGAGGUUUACAAAAAUUGUCAUGCAUGUAGUUUUGUUUUUUUUCUAAAUUCAUAACAUUUCUUUAAUAUGGUCUAAAUAAUCCAGUGUAAUUCCCACGUAAAUAAACAUUAUACCAGCAUCCCCCCCACGUCCCCAAUCCAUUGUUAUUGUAAAUAUAAAUUAAUAUCUUUUAUGUCUGACGGAUUCAGUUAUCAUUCUCUUCUCACCUUUACAGGUUGGUAUACAAGAGGACAUUGUGAAGCGCUGCAUUCUUCAGCUGACGAGUGCUUUGGAGUUCAUGCACUACAAGGGACUGGUCCAUCGGGACAUCAAGCUGAAUAAUAUUCUGCUCAUGGACCAUGAAUGCCAUUGCAUCAAACUUGCAGACUUUGGACUCACCCGACUCCAGGGAACCUAUGUACCAGGAAUGUCCUGGAUCAUUCCCUACAUGGCUCCUGAACUCUGCAUUGUUGGAGACAGUGAGCAGUUAUUAUUGCACCCUAGCCUUGAUGUGUGGGCAUUUGGAGUCCUGGUGUAUGUGAUGCUCACUGUCUGUUUCCCAUGGGAUGAGGCUUUACCAAGGGACCAACAAUAUUUGCAGUUUGUCCACUGGCAGGUAUUUAAAGACACUGUGCCAAUACCAGCCGAGUGGAGGUUGGUUACCACAGAAUCCCAGCAUUUCUUCAGACUAAUGUUGGCCAUUGAUGCUACUGACAGAUGUUCUGUAUCACACAUUGUGGAAUAUAUUCACUGGCCAUGGAAAGCCCAUAUCCCCCAUAAGGACAUUACAUGUGGCAUGCAGACCAAUCAAAAGUCGGCGGUAACUUAGGAAGUCAAAGCUGCAGAUUCCGGUAAGUCUGAUUGUAGCCGAACGCAUUUUUCAACUCACAAAUACAUCCAAAAUUGAGAUAGGAUACAACAAUAGAUUAAGAACUGAUUUAUUUUGUUUAAGAUAAGGGAACAUUUUAUCCACUAUUUUAACUGCUAACUAGUUGAAAUGUAGAAAAUGGUUUAAAGUAGCCCUUAACCCUGCAAGUGUAAUUAUUGCAGUUUUUAUAAACUACAAUAAUUACCUUGCAGGGUUAAAUCCUCCCCUAGUGGCUGUCUACCAGACAGCCACUACAGGGACUUCCAGCUUCUUAAAACACGAAUAGUGUUUUGAACGACGCUGGACGUCCUGACGCAAUGCAUAAGGACCUCCAGCGUCACCGGAAUCCCCAUAGGAAAGCAUUGAAUAAUGCUUUCCUAUUGGGGGAGGGUCUAAUGCGCGCGGCUAUUGCGAAACCUGACCCAGCACUGAGGGACAUCGGCGCUGGAUUCAGGUAAGUCACUGAAAGGGUUUUAAGCCCUUCAGCAACAUAGAAUGGGGAGGGGAAGGGGCACUGCAGGAACCUGCAGUGUCAGGAACACUGAUAUUUUCAAGGUCUUCAAAUCUGAAAAUCUGUAUUUAACAUUUUUUAAAUCAAAACAAUGUCAACUGUUCAAAAAAAACAAACAAACAAACAAACAAAAGACGCUUCAACCCAUUCAGGUCUUUAUCAAGAUCCACACAAAUAUAUAGCCAAUAUCAAAAUUAACUUGCCAAUUAAGUGAGAAGACAGCCUGCAGACUGAACCACCCAGAGGUGUCGGGCUCCCUGUGUCACCAGGAAGUGUUUGUUAGUGAACGUUGUUGUAGGGAAACCACCAUGCUUCCCAGCAGGUGUGGUUGCUAGGUAAGGAGAAACUAGUGAAUAGAAUGCAUAAAGUCUAACAAUCGAAACCCAUACACGGAGGAAACAAAAAUUAAGCAUAUCGGGGUAAAGGGCAAACAAGCGGGCAGAGAGGAUGUGUGUGUGUGAACAGAGUGCUAAAAACCUAGUGAGAGAAUGUAAAAACAGGUGAAAUAUACACUACAGCAUGGGAACGGCUAAGUGUGAUGGGUUAUGUGCCUCAAGUAUCAUUGUAAUACCUAGGAUAGAUAAAAUAAAACCAUCGGUUCGGUUCAGCAUUCCCAAAUUCGGGACUUCGGCACCUCGGCACCUCGGCACCUCGGCAUUUCGGAACUUCAGGACUUUGGGUAAGUGUAGGGUUAGGUUAGUGGGUAGGGUUAGGGGUAGUGUUAGAGGUAAUGUUAGGUUAGGGGUAGGGUAAGGGUAGGAGUAGGGUUAGGGUUGGGUUAGGAUUAAAGUUAGAAUUAGGGUUGAAUGAGAGUAGGGUUAUGGGUAGGGUUAGGAUAGGUUUAGGGUUAUGUUUAGCUGUACCCUAACUCUACUCCUAACCCUUCCCCUAACCCUAUGCUAACCUAACCCUGCUCUCAUCCAACCCUAACCCUACUCCUACUCCUACUCCUAACCCUCCUCCUACCUCUCUGUGACAGAACCAUCUGUCUGCUUGUAUUUUAAUUGCAUUCGUCUGUUUGUCUCCCGUUCGUAUGAAUGGCUGGUUUCUAUAGCCCAGCCAUUCGAAUGACUCUUUUUCCCGAACAAACCUGCCGAACGGACGGCCACCCAGGAGAGAAGUGUGCUGCUGGUUAACCUAUUGAUCCCAAUUAGAACGUUGUGGUUAACCGCAGACACUUCUCAAUUAAACCAAAUUCAGGGUGGUCGUCGUUCAUAUGUUGACCACGAGGCAGCGGCCAUUUUAAACCAAGCGAAAGCCCAGCGGUGUUUGUCUCUAUUUCUAUGGAACUAAAAACGGACACUUUUUCUGCCGAACACCGCUGAAACAACGGAGCGCCUGGCUGCCUCCAUGAAACCAUACGAACACCGGCCGUUCGGGAGAUUUGGAGCAUACGAAAAGACUUAACCCAGAUAGCCUUCCCAUGGAGUCAUUCGUAUACCGAAAGACUGUAAGAACUUUGACUCCAUGGCGAUUGAACUAUGUGUGUGGGAUCUGAGCGCUAUUCGCUAAUAAUAUGCACUCAGAUCCAGGCUAUCUGGGGAUAUGUGAUACGAAUGGGAAAUGUUCGGUUUUUGUGAAGUUAUAUAUUUUUAUGUCUUUUAUGAUUUUAUAUUUAAGAUGGCGACUGGCUUUGUCCUGGAGUUAAUUGAGUUACUUGGUAAUUAACUCCAGGACAGAGGGGAGGGAAUCAUAAUGCACUGUGGGUAAAAUCUGUGGCUGUGUGUCUGGAAUGUCCCCAUAUCUGUCUGUCAUUUAAGUCUCCCAUUUGGUCCCCUAGGGGAGUGUCCACCAAGUGGGAGACCUGCAUAAAUACGGGCAGGUAGCCCACAGUAAAGCCAGAUCCUGUUUGACCCUCAGUGCGGAGCUUCUGUCUCGUUAUUGGGGGGAUUUCUUCUUCACGUUUAGAGACUGCUGGAUGGAACGGAAGCCGCUUGGUGAAUAUUGUUGUUCGGCGGCUAGCAGCAGUUCGUGUAUUGCCGUUCGGGAGUUUGGAGCCGUUCACGGAUCUCGGUCGGGAGAUUGCCGCUUCCCCUGCAUUUGGUUCGUAUACUACAGAUUAAGCGAACGGAGACUGUUACUGCAGACGGGGAAUGUCUACUAAACGGAGGUUUUGCGUAAAGACACUGGAGGUGUCUUAACACUCUCCCAGUGCUCUUGCACAGUGGCCAAGUGGUAAGGCGUUGGCCUCAUAAACCAAAGAUCAUGGGUUCAAUCCCCACCUGUGCCUAACUAAAUCUGAAAAGAUUUGUUUUUUGUAAUUAACUCAACAGCACGUCAUUUAAGCAUACUUUAUCCAAAAUCAAAGAGUCCUUCACAGGUCCAUUAACUGAAACUUUCCAUCCAACAAACUAAAAUGGGAAAAGAUCACAUGCUCACAUGCUCGAAAACUUAAACUAAGUGACACUAUGACGAAGGUGUAUUGACAUUCACAUUGCUAAUGAUUAUUCUAAUUUGUGACUUUUUUAUUCUCUUUGGCAAUCAAAUUUUUUUUAAAUAUAAUUUUUAUUUCACAAUAUUUUUCUCAAAUAUUAAAAACAAAUACACACAAGAAAAUUUAUUUAUACACAUGCUAUUAAAAAACAGCAACUCUAUUAAUAUCUAAUGCCAUUUUAUUCUGCAUUAAAAAAGAGUUGCUGUUAUCCAACGUUUCCUUAAUCUACCUAAGUCUUAUUCACAGGACACCAAACCGCUGGACACAGACAAAAAUAAAGACAUCACAUUAUUGUCUCUUGAUCCUAAGGCAUCGGGAGGAGGGGGAGGGUAGGCAGAAUCUAUUGUUUUAGACUUCCCCUAAAUUUAUAUAUUUUUAUGUUAUACCGAAUUUAUUAAGUUUAUUUCAUCCCAAAAACCACUGUAUCUUAGUUUUUAUAUUAUAGCUUGUCAGGAUAAACUUUUACAUCUUUAUUUUGUGGUUUAUUUGAUGUCUGAUCAGGUAUAAACAAGCUUUUCCAGUUUCUAGCUAUACUUAUCUUAAUAGUUGUCAGCACAUGGAGUAUCAAAAUCAUAUCUUUUUCUUUUUAGAUUCGGGAUGUUGAUAUGUAGGAGCAUCAGAUCUGGUUUUAGAGGUAUUGAUUUCUUUAAGAUUUUUAUUUACUUUCUCCCACACCUUGCCAUAAUUCUUUAAUGGUUGGACAUUCCUACCAUAUAUGUAAGAAAUCUGCCUCUUUAGUCCCACAUCUCCAACAUUUAGGGGAUUGUGUAGGAAAUAUCUUAUUUAGCCUUUUUGGGAUUUAAUACCAUCUGUUUAUAAUCUUAUAGUGUAACUCAUUCAAAUUCAGGCAGUGUGUAUAUUUAUUAAGCAUCAAGAUGGAGUUGCACCAUUCUCCACAAAGAAUUUGUAUCUUUAAAUCUGUGUUCCAUUUCCCAUGUUAUAUAGUAGAAGACUUGUUUUAGAAGUAAUUUCUUAGUGUCCUUAAGGUUAAUAAAGUUAACAAAAUAAGGUUAAUAAAGUUCUCAUGUUCACAAGGGAGCUUUAACUUUUUUUUAUAUAGGAUUUAACUUUUAAGUAGUCUAAAAAAUCUUUGUUUCAAAAAGUGUAAUGUCAUCUUAAGUUCAUCAAAAGUUAUUAUUUGUCCUGCAAGAAAUAAGUCAAUCUCUCUCUCUCCUCUGGCAUAUUUCCAUCGCCCUUCAAACAUGCAACUAUAACCCCAAUUCUAAAGAAGCCCAACCUUGACCCUAACUCCCCAUCUAACUAUCGUCCUAUCUCACUACUGCCUUUUGCAUCCAAGAUCCUUUAAAAAGUUGUGUAUGCGAGAUUGACAGACUUCCUCGAGUCUAACUCUUUGCUAUACCCGCUUCAAUCUGUUUUCUGCACUAAACUCUCUGUGGAAACGGCACUGACCAAUGUAUUCAAUGAUCUACUCGCUGCAAAAUCUCGUGGUCACUACUCUAUCCUAAUUCUCCUUGACCUGUCUGCGGAUUUUGACACUGUUGUUCAUCAACAGCUUCUUCUCAUCCUACGCAAUAUCGGUCUACAAGGUAUUGCUCUCUCCUGGUGCUCCUCCUACCUCUCCCAUCACUCUUUCAGUGUUUCUUUCUCUUGCUCUGCUUCUCCCCAACUCCUCUCUGUUGGUGUCCCCCAAGGUUCAGUCUUUGGUCCCCUACUGUUCUCUAUCUAUACUGCCUCCCUUGGUAAGCUCCUUUGGCUUCUAAUAUCAUUUCUAUGCGGAUAACAAGCAAAUCUACCUGUCUUCUCCUGAUCUCUCCCCGUCCCUCUUGACUAGUGUCUCUGACUGCCUCUCUGCUGUUUCUAACUGGAUGGCUGCCCACUUCCUUAAACUCAACUUGACCAAAACUGAAAUUCUAUUCUUUCCUCCCUCAAGUGUUGCUACUCCUGUGUCUGUCUCCCUCCAAGUCAAUGGUGCUACCAUCCGCUCCACCACGCAGGCUCGCUGCCUAGGUGUUCUCUUUGACUCCAACCUCUCCUUAACACCUCAUGUUCAAUCUAUCGCCAAAUCCUGUCGUUUCCAUCUCAAAAACAUUGCGCACAUCCGACCCUACUUAACGCCAGAUGCGACUAAGGUGUUGGUCCAUUCCACUGUCCUUUCUCGCCUUGACUACUGUAAUCCGCUUCUCAGUGGUCUUAAGUGCUCCCAACUUACGCCGUUACAGUCCAUAAUGAAUGCAGCGGCGAGGCUCAUCUUCCUGUCUGCCCGCACCUCCCAUGCCUCACCCUUCUGUCAGUCCCUACAUUGGCUUCCUAUAAAAUAUAGAGCUCAAUUUAAAAUUCUGGUUCUUGCUUUCGAAUCUCUACAUAAUGCUGCUCCCACCUAUCUAUCCUCCCUUAUACACAAGUACGUCCCAUCUAGGCCCUUACAUUACCGCACUCCCUCUAGCAUGUAAGCUCAUUUGGCAGGGCCCUCAACCCCUCUGUUCCUGUCUGUCCAACUUGUCUGGUUACAACUACAUGUCUGUUCAUCCACCCAUUGUAAAGCGCUGCAGAAUUUGUUGGCGCUAUAUAAAUAAUAACAUAAUAAUAAUAAUAAUAAAACAACAAAUUUUGGAAAUAUUAAUCCUAAAGUAAAUAGGACAUCACAUAUACAGAAAGUAUGUACGUAAUAUAUGAUUAAUUAUUACUGCCAUUUACAAGGCGCCGACAUAUUCCCCAGCGCUGUACAACAUACACAGAGCAAUGCAAACGGUAAAGAGGGCCCUGUACCUGAGCUGAGAUCUAGCCAUUAAAGCUCUUUUAUUCAAAGAACAUCGAUAGCCCAAUCUAAAGGAUUAGUAUGGUUCUAUCCAUGUACAGCCCCUAUUCACAUGCUUACACACAUAGUACACCACACGCAACCACAACAAUGUCUCUUCCAUUUCUACACUUACAAAUAUUCAUUGGAUUGGUCCCUUCUAUAGCAUUUUACUAAAUUUGUUUUUACAUUUUUUAUCUUACACACAUUUGGGGUUUAAUGGGGAAAUUAUCUUAAUUAAGGGAUCAUUCCUUAUUUUAUAACUUAGUUUAUUAAAAUAAAAACAUAAGGUUAUUCCUGGCUUAUAACUGCAAUAACUAAUUCUCUAUUAUUUGUAAUGUUAAAAAAAUAUAUUUUUCUAUCCGGUUCCUGUUAAAAUCUGUACUAAUAGCCUUUUUCUAGAUGAAAAAAUAAACAAUAAAACAUCUUCAUUUGGAUCAAUUUUCACUUUUUCACUUUCAUUUGAAUAAUUAGAAUAGUAGGUAAGCAGACAGAUUUAAAUAAUAAUAAUAAUAAUAAUAAUAAUAAUAAUAAUGUUAUUAAAUAAAUAUCUUUCUCUCUCUCUAACUAUAUAUGUGUGUGUGUAUAUAGAUAGAUAGAGAUAGAUAAAUAGAUGGAUUUAGUUUUUAUUAUGAUAGGUGGACCUGUGAUGGAUCAAAUUCUGAUUGUUGCUUGUGACAUCACUGUGACAUCAUCCUUGCUGAGCACAGUUCAGUCAGUAGACAUUGCAAGGCAGAGAUAGCUAUAGAUAGUCUGAUUGUUCCCUGUGACAUCAUCCUUGCUGAGCACAGUUCAGUCAGUAGACAUUGCAAGGCAGAGAUAGCUAUAGAUAGUCUGAUUGUUCCCUGUGACAUCAUCCUUGCUGAGCACAGUUCAGUCAGUAGAUAUUGCAAGGCAGAGAUAGCUAUAGAUAGUGUGAUUGUUCCCUGUGACAUCACCGUGACAUCAUCCUUGCUGAGCAUAGUUCAGUCAGUAGAUAUUGCAAGGCAGAGAUAGCUAUAGAUAGUCUGAUUGUUCCCUGUGACAUCACUGUGACAUCAUCCUUGCUGAGCACAGUUCAGUCAGUAGACACUGCUUAGACAGUUGACACUGCUUAGCUGCUGUGGUGAUAACGUAGCUAAAGAUGGGAGAUAGUAGAACUAUUUUCUCGUGUUUUUCAUGCGUACGCUGUGAUGUAAGUAAAAGACUUGAUUUUCUGUAUAAGGUUCCAGUUCUACAUAUUAUUAUCUGAGAGUUUUAUCAUGUUAAAUCCCCAGUGUAGUCUAGGAUGGGGUAGAAAGAGAAUACAGAUGGGACCCUUUAUAUGAUUAUUAAUGGGGAACACUGGGGGGUUACACACAGAUCUGUCAUUUUAUUCUUUACUCAAUAUGUAACCCUUUCAUGACUCAGUAUUUAAUGUCCCAAGCACAGUGACAGCAUAUGGUUACUGUAUCAGUUUUCGUGGUAUGAACUCCUUGCCCUUUAUUCAUUUCAGUUACUGGUAUGUCAUGUGGAAGUAUUAUAGAGUAUUGUUAUUAGGAGGUUUACACACAUAUAUAUCCUGUAUAUGUAUAUAAUAAAUAUAUCAGGAAUGAAAGACAGCACUGAGACACAGGAACAGACACUCAGCACCAGAUCAAUAGAAGCGGGUCAACCAUAGCAGACAGGACCCAAGGUGCCGACCCCAGAGUCCUCCCAUACAAUCCAGCACAUAGUAACUUGGUGCAAGGUGUUAGUAGGGACAGCACACACUGAGACACGAACACGUUGUGAGCCUUUUCUUCUGGCAAAGAGCCUGCGGGUUUCUAAUUCUUUUUAUUUCUGCCUUUUCAGGUCAGCGAAACGCAAGUUAACGAUAUUAUCGAGCAAGGAGCAGGGGAACAUCCAGGUACAAUAAAACACAGAUUCCGUAGCACUUUACAAUAUUAUGAGAGGGGGGGAUUUAACCAUAAAGAGGACAAUUUAAAAAGAAGCUAAACUUACAGGAACGAUAGGUUAAAGAGGACCCUGCUCAAACAAGCUUACAGUCUAUAGGAGGUGGGGUAUAAAACACAUUAUAAAAAAAAUUAUUAUGAAUACCGCACUCUAUAUAGUAAUAAAUAUAUAUAAUACUUGUUGUUAUUGCUGAGAUAAAUUCAUAAUGUUUAUUCUAGAUAAAUUCAUAUAAAGUAUAAUGGUAGUAAUGUUCAUUUCAUCCUGAGUACACCAAUUAUAUACAAGAACUAUACUUUAUAUGAAUUUAUCUAGAAUAAACAUUAUGAAUUUGUCUCAGCAAUAACAACAAGUAUUAUAUAUAUUUAUUACUAUAUAGAGUGCGGUAUUCAUAAUAAUUUUUUUAUGAUUGUGAUUAGGAGGUUGUCUUUGGGGUUAACCUCGAAUACCUGCACCUAGAUGUAAUUGAGUGCCAGCACACGUUGUAUUUUUUGUAUAAAACACAUUAGGACAGGAAAUAGCAAUCAAAUAAGGUGAGAGUGAAGCAGAGAGUAGAGUGCUGCCCUAUAGGAGAGAGCAGGAGAUAGGUAUGUAAGGUAGACCAGGAGAGGGUUACAAUAAUCCAUGCGUAAAAUUACUAGAGGCUGGACAAGCUCCUUGGUAGCAUCUUACAUAAGAAAGGGGCGGAUGCGGGCUAUGUUUGUAAGAUGGAAUCUACUGGAUUUGGCAACACACUAUAUGUGAGGUUCAAAGGCGAGACCAGAAUCAAGUAUGACACCAAGACAGCGUGCUUGCAAGGAUGGACUGAUGUGGAUACCACUAACACAUUAAAGUACAUCUGUAAAUGUGUAACCAUAUAUCAUAUCCAUAUCACAUAUCCCAUUAAAGUUACCAGAUUACACAUCAUUAAAGGACCACUCAACACUUGAAAAAAACAGGAAAAGGUAAGAUACAGAGGGAAAGCAUCUAUGAUUCAUAUGUUAUUUCUUACAAUAUUUUUCAAUAAUGUUUGACUGAAACCUUAUGAGAUGAGUUAUUCCACAAUGGGUGUCUAACCUGUCCCUUUAAAUAGUUUGUGUAUGAAACAGUGCCUGAUACAUAAAGAAAUAUACAGAGAAACCUUAUAGAAAUGACCUGUGACACCUGAAGCUACCGUGUCAAUUUCCUUUUUACCAUUAAUAUAAUAAAAUUUAUUCAUUUGUCUCCUAGCAACACCUGCUAUCAGCACAUUGGAGAAACGCAUUGAGGAGUUGAGCCACCGAUUAGUGAUCGAGCGUGCCGUGGCUGAAGGAGCCAAACGUGCCAUCAAGGCAUUAGAUCAUGGAAAGCCACUUGUUCAGGUCAGUUAUAAAGCGUAUUCGUUUAACCAUUUCAUCCCCAGAAUGAAGAAUGGGCUUUCAAUGUCUGUCUGGGGCUUUGUUGGCAUUAGCCAAGUAGCCAUGGUUUAUUAUUAAUAUUAUUAUUUAUAAAGCGCCAACAAAUUCCGCUUGAUAAAUAAUAUACAAGUUACACAUUUAUAUUAUCUUUUCUGAGACUUUUGUUGUUUGAAGUCUUUGUGGGACCAUUUGUUCUGUAUUUUAUUCUGUCUCUAUAAUGCUUUAUUUAAAGCGAAUCUAUAGUGUAAGGCAAAUAAAGUUGUAUUUCAUACACUCUAGUUCCCACUGGCCGCCUCCUUCCUCACGCCCUUUCUCCUUCCCGCGUUACAAAAUCCCUGUUAAUACUUACCCGAUAUCUGGAGGGGUGGCUAUUGCGCAUGCAUGGCGAGCGCCGCAAGUGAAUUAGGCCCUCCAUUGCUUCAGUGCAGAGCGUGAGGCCGUCCAGCAUCAGACUACAAACGUCGCUUUAACCAAAAGUCUCUACUGGCUGUCUGAUUGAAGUAGUCUUAGUCCUGUAAUGUAAUCAUUGCUGUUUCUCAAAAGCUGCAAUGAUUUACAUUGCAGGACUAAGAUGACUAAGGAGGACAGGGACCCUGCACUCAGACCUCUUCAAUGAGCUAAAGUGGUGUGUGUGCUUAUAGUGUCCCUUAAAAAUUCUCCCAAUUGUUUAAUUCCUUUUAGUUUUAUUAAAAGCCAAUAACAUGUUGUAUGUUCUGCAUUGAUCUGCCGUUAUACCCACUUUAAUCUAUAGAAACAUACAUACACACAUUCUGCAUUUAAGUUAUUUACAGGUUUUUUUUUAAUGACAGGUGCAGUGUCGGCAUAUGGGCAGGUGAAUCUGUACCUAUCAAACCAUCCCCACCCUCUUUAAUAAAACACAACAUGUCUGUGUAUGGGGAAAAUUGGCCACAGCUUUUAUUUAACAUAAUAUACAAUAAUAAAUAAAAGUCAUCGCCUGCCACCUAUUGCCGUCUUAUAAUUUAGCAGAUCUAAUAAUAAAUAGGGCAAUGACUAACCAUAAAUAACAUAUAAUAAUAUAUAAUAAUAUAUAACACAUAACCAAUAAAGUGCCAACAUUUUCUUAACAGCCCAGUGGUGAGGGUAUAUCUGGAUACCCCCACCCCUCCGAGGUUCUGAGCCACCUACGGACCUGAAACCUCCCAACACCAUAACCAACUUAUAACUCCAAUUCCAUUUCACCAUUCCUUUUUACCUACCCCUUGCUCCUUUUCUAACUCCAAAAUCCCUAUCCCCCCAUUUUCUUCCCUUUACCAGCCCUGCCACAAGCUCGGACCCUUGACCCCUUAAGAUGUCUGAGCUCCGCCACCCUGCAAAAACAGCGCCUGGCUAAGCUACUCUUGAAACCCCAGAUUCAACAAAUCCCAACCCACCUCUGAAAGGUGCAUGUUGUCUUGCCGGAAAUACCCAGCCAACCUAUUCUCCAGUUCCCUGUGCCUGACCACAACCCCUCAAGCUUCAGAAUGAAGCUAGCCAUUAAACUGUUCUCCUUACAUCGACAAUGAUCAAUCGUGCUGCAUUCCUCGCAUGCCACCACCGAAGUCGCGUUACAAUCUCUGACCAGAGGACCAUGACGCCCGGUACCACAUCCUUAAUCCCGUUGAUAUCCUGCUUCAUCCAUCUAACCAGGUCCCUCUGUGGAAUCAUUACCCCCUGUAUGGAAGACAAUAAAAUUAGGCCGUCUACCUCCCUGCACCAAACGAAACAGUUCUCCACACACCAAUCUCCAUCCGAACCCUCGGUAACCACUCCAUUUUAACACCAACUGGUACUCAGGAAAGCCCAGUUGCUGACCAUUAAAACGAACUGCAGCUCUCCUCUUAGCCCAGAAGAUGUAUGAGUGCCCAAUGGUCCAUGCCACAUGACUUAGGGAAAGAAAAAUGCAAAGUCAGCAUCACACCCAAGAACCAGCACCCCUUGCCCCAUCACACCAAUUUACCCAGGCAAACGUAGAAGCAAAACCACACCGAUUCCCACCUCUCAAUCCUCUUAACCAAUUCUUCACCAAACCCCAACUGAGUCACCUCCGUAUCUACUCCAAUAUGGAACGAGUGCGUUCCAAACUGUUCCGGGUACAACCCCAAGACUCCUAGACAAGACCAAAAAUCCUCGAAAAACUGGAACCUAAACAGCGAUUACCCGUCCAUGUAGAUCAAAAAGGAACCCCGCCCUGCCGGACGCUUCCCCAAGUAUCUUUCCACCGCCAACUGGGCAGAAGAGGGACCCCGGGAAAGCAUGCAAUUCUAUAUUCGUAUCCUUUCCACACACAUCCGUUUUCAAAUGGGCCAAAUGAAUGAUCACCUUAUCCCCAACUACCGAAACGUCUCUCCAUUGCAUGCCCCCCCCCACCUUCCCGAUUGGCACUGACAAGCUCACUAACCCGAAAUGCCCCGAAAAACACUAGGUGAAUCUCUACCCCAAAUAGAAGUGCUUCGUAGUUGCUAAAGCAAAACUCAGGCAAAACCUUAAACAGCCCUCCCAAAAGGCGAACGGACACUGGUCUACGUGCAUCUUGCACCCUCCAACCCCUGCGGAGGCCCUUCAGCGCCUGUCUAAUAAGGAAGUGUAUCGUCGGGUCAUCCCACCCAUGUAACUUAAACCAGAACGCCAAUGCCGCCAUGUGCCUGUCCACAACCGCCGGCAAUGAGCCCUUCCUCAGCAAAUCGAACGUAAACUAUAGUGAACCCUCCAAAGCAGACCCCUUACUCUCGCUCAACAACCUCUCCCACGACCCCCAAACCUUACAAUAAGCAGACCACAUUCCCGGGGCCAAGGACGACCUCACGAAUGCCCCAAGUAAGCUGUCCCGAGCAACUACAUCUUACAAUUCCCUGACCUCCUGUGCCCCCGGGCCCGGGACUACUGUGAAUGAGAAAGUGCAUAAGCCACAUUGUUCAAAUAACCUGGAAUGUGCCGCGUGCCAAAAACAAUAUUGAGAGACAUACACAGAAAAAUGAUCCGCUGCAGAAGGCGUACCACCAGCUGCUAGGAUGCCGACAGGUUGUUGACUGCGUACACCACGGCCAUAUUGUCCAUGUGAAACAUGGCCUUCUUGUCCUUGAGCAGAGGCCCCCAGAGUGAUAGAGCUACCACUAAUGGGAAGAGUUCAAGAAAGGCCAAGUUGCACAUGAGUGGUCUCCCCAUCCACGAUGCCAGCCAUGAUGAUGUGCACCACCUACCCCCGAAGUACGCACUAAAGACCAUGCUCCCUGAGGCAUCUAUAAAAAACUCCAAGUCAGCCGCCAAUUUCACCAGUUCACGAAACAACACAGGGCCAUUAAAAUCCUGUAGAAAUGUGUCCCAAACCGCCAAAUCCUCCUUCAUGGCCGCCGUCACCCAUACAAAGUGAUGCAGUGACCUCACUACUGCCGUAGCCUGAGCCAGGCCGCUACUGAAAACCCGCCCAGUGGGAAUUACCCGGGAAGCAAAGUUGAGCUUGCCAAGCAGUGAUUGCAAUGCCCGAAGCAUGACCUUCUUGGCCUGACGCACUUCCCUCGAGCUUGUCCCCAGGCAACCGAUAUUCACCCUUUGCCAAAUAGAUUUCCAGCCCCAGGAAGCAAAUACAGUCCAUGGGGCCUUUCGUCUUAUCCGCCGCCAAAGGGACCCCAAACAAUCUGGCCACCCACUGAAUGGUAUGCAACAAAUGCAGGCACAAUGAAGAGUUCCCAGGACCCAUGCACAAAAAGACGUCCAAAUAAUGGACCAUUGCUCGACUCCCCACUUCCUGCCGCACCACCCACUCCAAAAAGUGCUGAACUCGAAGUAGGAGCACAAGAUAGAACAACCCAUCGGGAGACAUAGGUCCACGAAGAACUGACCAUCAAAACUGCAGCCCAGCAAGUGAUGACAAUCCGGAUGAACAGGCAGCAGUCGAAAUGCAGCUUCCACAUCCACCUUUGCCAUACGGGCGUGAUGCCCGGCAGUCCUAACCAACUCGACUACCUGGUCAAAUGAUGCAUAGAAAACCGAACACAGCACCCUAUCCCUAUCCAAGAAACCGUACCUUAACAAAUACACAUCCCCCUUGCUACCGUAACAGCUUAACCAUGGUAACAUCUCUUCUAGCCUCACCGGCAUCGUGCCCAGCGGCAACGGGCCCGAGACUCACAACCGCAUCAGUUGCUUUAACUUGUCAAGCAAUGUCUGUGAAGACCCCAUGGCUGCUCCUCGGAUCCCACCGGAAAAUGAUGCCACCAUGCUCUUCGGAACAACUGGGGAAACCACCUGGAAGAUGAUCCACUCAGUAACCUAGAAUGAGAACAAAAAUUCCUGGGCAGGGUGCACCGUUCAUCCACAACCUUCGCACCGCAAUCCCGGGGCUGCCUGCAUGACUUCCAAGCAUCCCGUCUCUUCCCUAGGCUCCUCUGAUCACCUAGAGAGUGGAAGCCCCGCUGACCCGACCCCUGAGGCUGCAACUCCGACUGUGGGAUACCCUCCGCCUGCUCUGACGCACCCCCUCUGACCUCCCAGAGCAUUCUGAGGAGGAGCUGCUCGCACUGCUGUCACCUCCUAGCACCGCACUAGUAGACCUGCUAUUCCUGGACCUUCCCGUGCUCGCUACCCACAGCGCCACAAGUCUUACUAGUCUGUUUCAAAGUGCGGCCCCGGGCCUUUUCAUUGCUAUGCGAUAUGUCACCUGGCCUACCAGGAACGCGCCUCCCCCUGGACAGACCUGUGGUCCACUGCCUUCCCUCUGUGAAUUUCCAGCAGAAGGCCGUAUCGCUGAUGGAUCCUCUGCCCCACCAUGGGCCCCAGUGCCCAUCUCACGGAUGCCUGCUUCCACAUUUCUUUCCCGAGCCCAGACAUGCACCGCUAUCUUCUGGGAACCCCGUGCCCCCCCCCCCCAGAUGCGCCUGCAUGACCCGCUAAGCCGCUCACCAGAUUUGCACCCUGGGCCUUGGACCCACUCAGCUUCAUUGUCAUGGGUCUGCUCUCACCUCCCAAGGGGCCCCCCAGCUGAGGGUCCCCCUGCAGCACAUUAGGGAAGGUACCCAACCCCUCAGGCACCUCAGCAACAGAAUCCCCAGGAGUUAAAGGGCCUGCUGUCACCCCAACUGCACUUGCUGGCUCUGCUGACCACCAGGAAUCCCAGCUCCCACCUUCCACCGUCCGCCGCCAGGGUGCACAACCCCGUAUUGCGGCACCACCUGUCCUGCUGCUUCAAGGCUCACUGCCCGCAGGGGCCGGCACCCCGGAUGCAGUUCCUGUUGAAGAAGGAGCCACUCCAUCACCUCCAACCAUGCCCACUGUCCUCCGAGCAUGCCACCCCCGUGUUCCGCUGUCUACACCGGGUGGCUUUGGAAGAGAUCCCCCUCCAGAGCGCUGGCUUCCAGCCAUGCGAUAGGGUGCUGCGCACCCUACAUUGCCCGCUUGCACCAACAUGGAGGCCCCACCAGGGCUAAGGUGCACGUGUGUGCCUGUCCCCCAGCCGAACUUCCGGCUCCGCCGACGCCACCAGCAUCGCUCCGAGCCUCUCCCAGAUCCAAUCUUCUCCACGGAUCCGUGCACCUGCCCGAACACCGUUGAUCAUCUCCUCUGGGGACGCCAUCCUUCAAAAGAAAAAAGGGAAAACCCACCAAACAGAGUCUGCACACACCAGAGUGACAAACCGUACUCACACGUUGGUGAGUACAUUAAAAUUGCCUAUUCCUAAGAUGGCUGCCUGUAUAUAUAUAUAUAUAUAUGCUCCCACCCCUUAGACCCAAUCUACCAAUCUUGUUACUGCUCCACCUAUGCCUGCUUCCUAGCCCUGUCAGAGCCCCUUUCUACUAAAAUGCGGCCGCUCCAAGGGGCUACAAUAAACUCUGACUUGUAGGGAAUUAAAAUCUGAAUUACAAAACUGAGAUAAACAUAGACACACUGUUACUAAAGCCGAGAUUGGAAUUUCUCCAAAUCACUAAUUUUAGUUAAAAUAUUUGCAGUUCAGAUUUUGAUUUGCUACUUUCCAGAUUUUAGUGAUUAAUCCUGAGUUGUUAUACAUUGAGCACUAUACAGAAUUAUACAUUUAUAAAUGCAAUGCAAGUAUUGCCGACACUCUUUUUUUCCAUUUUUUUUAACAGGCUCAAUCAAUAUUAAACCAGGCAAAUGAAAAGCUGGACCUCCUUAAAUAUUCCAUGGAGGAACUAGUGAAAGAACUUCCUGAUAGCCAUCCCAGGAAGAGUAUUACCACCGAGGAAUUGUUCCUCAAUUCUGACAUAUCCAAGCCCACAGCACUAACGGGUAAGUUCUUUUGCCUCUGAAAGAUAUUUCAAUAAAGGAAAGAAGACAAAUAUAUUUAACAUUGAAGUAUCAGAGCAUGCUUCCAUCUCUGUGAAGUCUGUCUACUGUGAUCAUGCAGUUAUUCCAGCAGACUUAAUUCUGUAUGACGUAAAUACAAAUUUAAAGGUGACCGGUGACAUUUUUUUACAUGACAACAAUAUGGAACCAGCACACACAUAAUCUGUCAUCAGCAUAUUUAAAUAUAUAAUAUAUAAUAUAUUAGUAUAAAUAGUUACCAUAGAUAUAGAGCUCUGACACCUUCUACCUAUGUUUUCCAGAUCCCGUAUCUUUACGAGAAAGCAUUAAGGUUCCAGUCUAGUGCGCUUUUUAAGCCAUUACACUUAUUUAUAUUUAUCUUUGUGUGUCGUUUUUUUCUUUGUAUAUCACUAUUUUUAUAAAUUUUUUGUGGGUUAUUUUGUUCUUCAUAGUCCACCAAUUGGACUUUUUCGCCAAUCUAUUAAAUGUUAAGUUUUAACAAAUGAAUAUUUCACUGAACUGUAUUUCAGUCAUAUCUGCACCUAGUUGCAUCCUCCAUCUUUUCUCUUUGUGUACAUUUAUAUCGGGGUUAACCCCCAAAUCAGGAGGUUCUGCAACUUCUGGCUUCAUUCUAGUCCCCUCCUUUUUCUUUUCUUUUAUCUUCUAAAUUAUUCUCAUGAAUUCUGUUUUACUUUUUUGGCGUAAUCUUUGUGUCCUCUUAAGUCUAAAGGUUAAUCCAGAAGUGGGUUCCUUGUGGUUUCAACUUGUAUAGCGUGGACUUGUUGCAUUCUGUUCUGAAUUACUCCUGUGUGUGUUUAAAAAUAUCUACAAAUAAUAUAGAUUUCUUCUCUAAUGGCACAAGUGACAAACCUUCUUUGAAGAUUGAGCAGGGACUAAGUGAAGCUACUGAGUUUUUAUCUGUUUAUAAAUUCUGUUUUGAUUGAUUUAUAUCCGAUAAAGAUGUAAAAGCUGCCUUAUUAUUGAAUAUUCUGUGUGUGCUACUUAGACCAGCCAUGAAGUUCCCUGUAACAUAAAUUGUAUAUUUCAUGGUUGCUGAAGGUCUAUUUCUUUCUAUAAAUAUGCCGGUUUACAGAGAUGAUAGAGGGGUGGUGGAAUCCAUAAGGGAAUCUGAUAUUUGAUUAUUGUAGGAAAUGUAUUGAGUGAACAUUUGGUGAGAGGUUAAUAUAUUCCUGUGAUGACACAAGUGAAAAUCUAAUAGUCAUUGUAACAAUAUAAAUUCUGAUUGUUUGACAGGUACCCUGAAAGUGCGAGUAAAGGGCUGUCACAAUAUUCUGGAGAAUGUACCUGGCAGACUAAAAGACCCGCCAGUUGUUCUCUCAGGAAGGAGGACACGUCAAGGAAGAUUCUCAUUAAUGAGCCGAAUCAGAAGAAACAACCGUGUCGGCAGUCAGAACAUCCAAGAGACUGUUGGCUUUUCCAGUACAGUGAUUUUUAUCUUAUAAUUCCCAUUAUGUGUCCAGUGACGCUCAAUAACAGAACUCAAUAUCUGGGGUAUCGAACCUCUGCUCUCCCACUUAGCCACUCAAAGGAAAAUCAACCUGAAUAAUUAUAUCUCGGUACUGGGGGGCUGCAGGUCGACCCCCAAUUAAAAAUUUGUAAAAGUGCUGCAGAAAAUAUAAAUGAUAAUAAUUACUUUACCACAUUUAAACUGGGACUUACUCAUCAUACAAACUCCAUCCUCUACUAUUACUCACCAAAUAGAAAAGGCAGAGGACAAAAAUAUAAUUUUCAACAUGUUUUUCGUUACGAUGUUCUUGUAUUAUUUUAUUUCACAUAUAUCUCCUUGUUUAUAUUCCAACCAUAGUACCUGGCCAGCUACAAAUUUGUUGUUUGUUUAAUUUCUUUUUUACGGAGUGCAGGAGAAUAGACUCCCCAAAUAAAAUCAAACUCCUAGAACUUUGGUUAAAGAUAAUAACUUUAUAUUGUCAGCUAUAUUGUUACAAUGGCCGUGUGUUGAUUACAUCUUCAAUAAGAAUUGUUCUUUAUAAUGAAAUACUCUUAGCCUUUUAAGUUGAGUUCCUGAAAUUUCCUUACAGACGAGGUCCGUGCUCAGCUGAAGAUUGACCAUAUUCCAGUGGGUUCAACCAGUUGGAAAACUGUGUCUAAACAAUCCUGGAAUGAGAAAUUUAAACUGGAGUUAAAUAAGGUACGAAUGUCAUUAAAUUCAAGUAUAUUCACCCUAGAAAGAGACAUUUUUUUCAGAAAUAUUAACUCAAGUGACUUAAGUAUGAAUAUUACAUUCUUAAUCAACAUCCAUUGGUGGCCCCAGGAAGAAUUUAUACUAAUCCCUAUCCUGUAAAGAGUUGUCUAAGUCAGUUUAACUGGAACUCUUUUUCUAAACCUUUUAGGACCUUAAUGUGUCUUCAUCCAGUUAUGAUUUAGAGAGUUAUUAUACAUUGGGUUUGUUUAUGUUAAUUUAGAAAUUAUGAUUUUUUUUUUUAUAGAAUCAGUGAUAUAGACGAUAACUUUUCUUUCCUUUUUUUGUUAAUGUGUACAUAGUCUCGGGAGUUAGAAUUAUCCUUAUAUUGGCACGAUAGGAGAUCACUGUGUGCCAUAAAGACGCUGAAGUUGGAAGAAUUCCUGGUGAACCGGAAGCAGGAACUGUGUCUACAGCUGGAGCCACAGGGCACCCUUUUCAUCAAGGUGAGAAUCAAUCUCAUGCCACUAUAAAUUUAUAGUUUUUUACCUAUUUAAAUGUUUUAAUUAUACAAAAAACAAAAGGACGAUUAAUUUAUCCAACAUAUUUCUCUAGAUGGAAAAAUAUAAGAGCGCUAUGAAGUCUAUUGACUUAAUAUUAAAUUGUACUGAAGUGUAAAUGGAGUUGCAAAAUAUGUCCGCUAUAGUCACAUCUUGACUUAGCUCAACUUUUUUUUCAAUUCACACAAGUCAGUGUUUAGCGAAUAAACCUAUCAAUGUACAUCAUAUUACCUACAUAACAGCUUAUCGUAUCUUAAGAAAUGUUCUCUUUUUAAGAUAAAGAACACUGUAUCAAAUGCUAAACUGUUUAAGUAAAUGAGGGGCUUUGCUUAUUGUGAUUAGCUGUAGAGGAAGAGAUUUGAAGCUGUUUAUUUUCCAUUUGUGUGUCUGUUUAUAUGUUGGUUUGGCACAAUGAGGAUAUUAUCAUUUACUUCCUGCUGUUAACUUUUUUGGUUUUUGUUUUGAAAUAGGUGACAUUUUCCAAUGCUUCCAUCCAGAAAAGGCCAAAACUUCAGACAAUUCAGAAAUUCUUCUCCAAAAAACAAGGUAAGUGUUCGUUUAACAUCUCGCAUUAAAUAGCAAACCGCCCAGGGGACUUUAAAGGCAUCUAUGAGGCAGAAUUGGUUAUUAUUUGGUUACUGACAAGAGGUGAUCCCUUGUACCCCAGUACCAGCCCCCGUGUGAUAGAAAACUUGUCAAGCAAUGUGAAUGCGCUCAGUAACCAGUGAGGGAUUUCACAUUUCAUUUUCUUACAGGUAGAUAGACUGAUACAUGUUCAUUCACUAUAACAACCAUAACGCAGGAUGUACAUCGUAUACCAUAUGCAGUAUACACAGAUUACAUUACUUAUACCUACCUGAAGCUCAUUAUUUUCAUUGGAUGCCAGUCCUCUUAAACACUAAACAUUGUUUCAAUGUAUUAAUUAUGAGUAAUGGUUAUUAUAAUAUGGAAAUCUUGGCUGAAACAAAGUUCUAGGUUUGGAGAUUUUGUUACUUUUUUUUCUUGUUUUUGGAUUGCUAUGAACGUAAUUAAUAUAUUUACUACUGAUCAUAUACAAUACUUAUAUUAUGUUCUCUGUUACUUUUAUAGAAGAGACCUUCCAGCCCACUGCAGAGGAGGAUACAUCUAUUGACAUCCUUCCAUUGCCAGUAUCAGACACUGAGAGCGUGGUUCCAUCCCCGCCAGCUGUCGAUACCGAUGCAGAAGAAACCAUCAAGUCCACGUCAGAGGAGGAUAUAACAUCUGACGUUCUUCCAUUGACAGUAUUGGACACUGAGAGCGUGGUUCAAUCACUGCGUACUGUCGCUAACAAUACUGAACAGACCAUGCAAUCAGCAUCUGAGGAGGGUAUAAUAUCUGGAAGUGUUCCAUUGCCAGUAUCAGACACUGAAAGCGUGGUUCCAUCCCCGCCAGCUGUCGAUACCAAUAAUGAAGAGAUUAUCCAAUCAACAUCUGAGGAAAUAGUAUUCAGUAGUCUUCCAUUGCCAGUAUCGGACACGGAGAGCGUGGUUUCAUCACUGCCUGCUAUCGAUACCGAUACUGAAGAAACUAUCCAUUCAGUAUCUGAGGAGGAUAUAAUAUCUGGCAGUCUUCCAUUGCCAGUAUCGGACACUGAGAGCGUGGUUCCAUCCCCGCCAGCUGUCGAUACCAAUAAUGAAGAGAUUAUCCAAUCAACAUCUGAGGAAAUAGUAUUCAGUAGUCUUCCAUUGCCAGUAUCGGACACGGAGAGCGUGGUUUCAUCACUGCCUGCUAUCGAUACCGAUACUGAAGAAACUAUCCAUUCAGUAUCUGAGGAGGAUAUAAUAUCUGGCAGUCUUCCAUUGCCAGUGUUUAACACUGAGAGUGGGGAGUCAUCACCGCUGGCUGUCGCUAACAAUACUGAGGAGACUAUCCACUCAGUAUCUGAGGAGGCUAUAAUAUCUGGCAGUCUUCCACUGCCAGUAUUUGACACUGAGAGCGUGGAGUCAUCACCACCCACUGACAAUACUGAUUCACAAGAGGCCAGCCAAUCGAUGUCAGAGGAUGGAGCUAUUGACCUUCUUCCAUUGCCAGUGUGUAACACUGGGAGCCAAGAGUCAUCAUGGUCAAUUAGGUAUUUUCACAUAUUCAUCUUUCGCAUCAAUACUGUUAAAACGGCUACACAUUUACCAUAAACUCCUUAUUUGCUCCCCUUUUCCACCUAUCACUCCAUUUUAUUUAUAUAAUAAGCUUGUCUUUUAUUAAAGUUUUUCUUUAUGUACACAAAAACUCGCGUAUGAGAGUAAGAUGGGUGAGGUUAAGGCACUAUAACUUUUUGUCCGCCCAUUUUCCAGCAUGCUUAUCAUUAACAUUGUCUGCAGUUUGUUUGUAACAAGUAAUGUUUCCAUAGCAAACUAUUUUUAUAGAACGUUUAUGAAUUGCAUUUUCUCUGACGGGACUUGAAAGUUCUUCCCAGCAGAAUGUGGAAUUCCCCUGUUACCAGAGUGAAAUACAGUAUUUAAUCACGGCUGGUCCUUUGUGAUCCCAUCUGUAAUUAAUAAAUUGAUUUCACACAAUACACAAUCAUUGUGUAUUAUAAAACAUGGCAAUCUACAACCCUAGUGAUAGAUAUUCCAGGGGAAUCCCUUUAACAUUGCACUGGAUGUUGCAGAAUUUUCCACUAAGACACUCUGACUAUAAAGAUAUGAUGAUAUCAGAUCUAAAAGGUGCCAUCUAAAUAAAUACUGUUUUCUUCCUUCUUAAAGUGUUUCUCCUGUAGUAUCAUCAGACACUGAAUCUGAGCCAGAAGAGUCUCCUGUUGCACACCAUACAUCUUUUUGCAGCGAUCAGCCAGGACUUCAUGUUAUAAUCCCAGAUAUUCUGUCUCAGGUAAAGAUAUAACGUUUUCUAACUUGCUUAUUUUGUUUAUUUGUUCAGCUGUAGCACAAAUUUCAUUAUUAAUGAACAUGGAAUAAUUGCAAUCUCGGUGUAGAAUGUUUUCUAUAAAAUCAUGGGCAUAUUUAAACUCUGGGUUUAGUACAUAGAUUGGAUCCUUACUUGUUUUAUUACAACAAGCACUAAUGGAACGUUUUUAUUAAUAAUGUCUAACUUUCUUUUCCAGGAUUCUGGAGCAUGCCAAGUCUAUUCUAGGGACUACACUUCAAACCAAGUGCCAUGUAAUACACCUCUACAUGAUGGCAGAGUGUCCAAUCAGGAAAACAGUGUCCUUCAAGAUCUGGAACAGUUUCAGGACCCAUGGUAUGAUAAAUUAUACUGUGUGUUAUAGGAGCACUCUUGUUUUUUUUCAUCAGGAUGGGAGCUAUAUGAGUAAUUAUAAAUAUGAGAAAAAAAAUGUUCUUUUCUUUGCAGCAUUCACCGAGAAGUACAACUGAGCCUCAAGGAUUUCCAAUGUCUCUCUGUGCUGGGCAGAGGACACUUUGGAAAGGUGGGUUUCGGGUAAAUUCCAAAUCUAGUGAGAAAUAAAAGGUUUUUAAACAAAUGUUAUCUAACAAAUAUAUAUAUAUUUUUUAACGUUCAGGUUCUACUUGUUGACCACAAACGUACAAACACCACGUUCGCACUAAAAGUCCAGAAAAAACGAAAGAUAAUUGCAUCUAAUUCUAUCGACUGGUCAGUGGAUGGAGAAUACUUAAAAUGGAAAUAUUUUGGAUGGUAGUCCUAUUUGUUGUUGGCAAAAGUGAUUAAUUUAAUUAUUCCCUUUUUAUUUUCAAGUCUUAAAUAUGAGAAGAACAUCUUUCAGACCAUAAGCCGCAUACGACACCCAUUCCUUGUGAAUUUGUAUGCAAGUUUCCAGACUGAAGAUCUUGUCUGCUUUGUGAUGGAAUAUGCCGCUGGUGGAGACCUAAUGUCAACUCUUAAUAACAACAUGGCAGCUUUUACAGAAAGCAGAGCUAUGUAAGUAUAGUUUGGGGAUUAUGAUCACCCAGCUAGAACUCCAAACAAAAGUUAAGUUGGACUACAAGUUCAGUGAAGCCUAGACAGACACAAAACAAUGCAUGAAAUAUGUCUGAGCAUAGAGUGACAGAGGAUAAUGGAAUUAAACUGUCCAAUGGUACAAAACCGUAAUUUCCUAGAUAAAAGAGACUUAUUCUAUUUUCUACAGGUUUUAUGCGGCCUGUUGUGUGCUCGGCCUCGAAUUUUUACAUCAGAACAAGAUUGCUCACAGGUAAGUGUACAUGAAAAACUAAAGAUGCACAUACAGUUAUAUUGGCCCCAGAAAUGUUAACUGUCGUAUUUACUGUACUGCCAUUAAAAUAUUGUCUGUGGUUUAAUUAAUUAGUAAUAUUAUGUUUACUUUAUCAUAAAUUAGAUAAGUUCUUAAAUCUAACCUUUUAUUUAGUCUAAAUAAGAAAACCCUGUAAUCCAAGUACCCUUUCGUGAUAUGUAAAAAAUAAUAAAAACUCCUAUUCUAUAUUUUAAUGUAGAGAUCUUAAAUUGCGGAAUAUCGUUGUAGACAAGGACGGUUACGCCAAAAUUACCGACUUUGGUCUUAGCAAACAAGGUAAAAAUAAUGUUAUAUUUAGCUAAAGUGAUUUAUCACAAAUUUACAGAAUGUAACAUAAGCCACAGACAAAUAACAUCCAACUGCAGACCGAAAUAAAAGUAUAAAUGAAACACAAAGCAAUGAAAUCAAAUAUUGAUGUAAAAUAAAAUAAGGGGCCAUUGUACAAAUUCAUAUUCAGUUAGAGGUUCAGGAAAUGUUGGAACACUAGUCAGAUCAGUUGCUGGAACAUAAUACAGAUUCGUAAAAACCAUGGAAAAAUGUGUACGAAAUUUCACAGAGAAUCUGCAGAUACAACACACUGACUCCUUGCAGCAAUAUUCUAAUAUCAAUUGGAAAAAAAUUACAUGAAAUUAAUAAAAAUAACAUACUGUAUAUCAGCAAAAUAAACCAACUCUAUAUUUACCAACGUACAUUUAUAUUUUCUCUAUUUACAAGGGAUGGGAUACAGCGAUAGAACCAACUCUUUCUGUGGCACACUGGAAUACAUGGCGCCGGAAAUAUUUGAGAGAAAACCAUACGCAAGAUCUGUUGAUUGGUGGAGUCUGGGCGUAGUCAUUUAUGUCAUGCUGUGUGGAAGGGUAGGUAUAGCAUAUUUUUACCAAUCUGUAGGAUUCCUUCUUUGAAAACCAAAAUUCCUUGUGUGAUGUCAUCCAGUCCAUUGAUGAAACUGAUAGUAUCUUAAACUAUAGACUGGUUAGGCUUAAAGGGGCAACCCUGAGCACUUUAGCUCAUUAUAGUGCUUAUCUAAAUAUCAUAACCCAAUACCUCCCUCUCUACUUUAUUUAAACUGAUUUUAUCUCUCUAAUACCCUCUCAAUUUCUUUAUAUUUUAUUUAUUGUUUCUGCUUUGGAAAACCAUUUACAUUAGAGAAAUUACCCAGUGUAGAUUCCAGGCCAACCCUGCACAGUGGGCACUCUCUUUGUCACAGUUUGAGAAGACUGUGUGCCCUCUCUGUGUGGGCCAUUUAUACAGAGCAGAUUAUUGGCUCUCAGGAGUGUGAGUGCUAUAAACACUAUUGUCAUCUUGCCACAGUGUUUAAUGGUUUACAUCAAUAACUUAUUUUUUCAUGACUCUCAUUGCAGUAUAUAUUACUCAGUGAUUUUUAUUGUAUGUGUGUGACAAUUUCUAGCAGGAUAAUAAAUAUUUUGUCCCAAAAAAUGAACUUCUGCAUCUUACAAUAUGCAUCUAAAAUGUUAUUUUUUUCUAUUAGUUUCCCUUUACAGGUAAAGACCGAGAGACAGAGAUAUCAUAUAAGGUAGUUAACACUGAACCUGACUAUCCGGAGUUCCUGUCUUUAGAAGCGCUCUCAAUAAUAAAAAGUGUAAGUUGCCAACGCGUGUUUAGUGCUUUUUGAUUUUGACAUAUUGAGUGAGCUGAGGUCAGAAUUUCCAAUCACUGUUGAUGAGUGGAUUGCCGACGAGCUGCCUUGGGAUGAAGGAAGUCUGAGAGCUGUUAUAUUAGUAGUUAUGUCUGGUAGGAGAUAAGCAGAUGGUGAUGUUGUAGCUCUUGGAAGCUCCAGGAUUAAAGAUUCGGCAUUGAGCUCUGCUUCUAAACAAUACAGCUCGUAUGGCUUUAAUGAUGUAUGACAUCACAGCUCAGCGUCUUACAUCAUACAACCCAUCAUCUUGUUUGAACUCUGACAGUUGUUAGAAAGUGAAACAUAAGGUAUAUGGAAAGGGUCAAUGCAUUGGGGAGGUUUGGAAGGAUUUUACAAAAAGUGAAUCAUAUGAUUUCCUUUUUUUAUAUGAAGAAUUUUACUCUUAUCAAUUAUGCACAUUGCUCCAUAGAACAGACACGUUUCAUUCUGUGGGCCGAUCAAUGCGUGCUCCUGCCUGUUCCGCUUUGUGUAGCUGCUAACACUGUGUGUGAAUGUGGGCUCGGGCAGUUUGAGUGGUAAGGCUCUGAAAAUAAAGCUGGUCCUCUGUAAAAACUGUGUGAUUGGCUGUAACGGAAUAGAACAAGCAGUCACAAAUACAUUGGUCUAGUUAGAGAUUAAAAGAAGUUAAACUUAUAUUUGGGGAAUGAAAUAAAUACAAGCAGUAAGCAUGACUUGUACCAUCAAUCAGGGCAGAGCAAUGUCUGGGCACCAAACAUGAUGUCAUUGUGACGUGGUGCCUACUGUGUAUUGAUCUCUGUAGUAAAUAUUCUGCCUGAGCUGAUAAAGGCAGAUCUUACAGAACCUGCAAGAAAAUGCCUUUAAUUCUCAGUUUUUCAGAUAAAAUAACAUUUUCCUAUCUCCUCCCCCCUUUAUGCAGCUUAUGAAUAAAAACUCUAGAUCCCGCCUAGGAGCCAGGAUUGGUGCCAGUGCUGUCAAGAAACAUCCUUUUUUCAAAGUAUGUACAUGUUGUAUAAAUUCCAUCUAUGAAUGUAUAGAGAUAAUGGCCUUUAUUCUAAAUUAUUAGUUUAUUGGCUUAUAUCGUGGCACACCUGAAUUAUUUUUCAAAUUUUUCUUAAAUCUGUUUUAUUUUUUUAACAGGGAGUAGACUGGAGUGCGUUACUUUUUAAGAAUAUCAUAAAUCCGUUUGUACCAUCCAUUGCCGGACCAGGGGACGUCAGUCAUUUCGACAGAGCUUUUACAACACUGGACCCCAUUCUAACACCACCGGAAGAAUCACCUUUAGAAGACCAAGACCUGUUCCAAGAUUUCGACUGGGUGGCCGAUUGGAUUUGA